AUGAGUGUGGAGGUUCACCUUUUUGGAGUUUUGCUGGCUAUUUUAGGAAACCUGGUCAUCAGCAUUUCCCUAAAUAUCCAGAAAUACUCUCAUCUUCAUCUGGCCCAGAAAGACCUACCGAAGCCGUACUUUAAGAGCGUGCUUUGGUGGAGUGGCACCCUGCUGAUGGCCGUAGGAGAAAUGGGCAACUUCGCAGCCUACGGAGUUGCCCCCAUCACUUUGAUCGCACCCUUGGGCUGUAUGUCAGUUACAGGUAGUGCCAUAAUUUCUGUCAUGUUUCUAAAAGAAAAUUUGAGAGCCUCGGAUUUACUGGGCAUGACGGUGGCAUUUGCAGGAACAUAUCUAUUGGUGAAUUUUGCUCCAAAUGUGUCCCAGGCUAUCUCAGCAAGAACAGUACAGUAUUACUUUGUUGGCUGGCAGUUCCUGGGCUCUGGAAUCUUAGAAAUCCUGGUUUUCUGCAUCCUUCUGUAUUUCCAUAAAAGAAAAGGAAUGAAGAGCAUUGUGAUCCUGCUCACCCUGGUGGCACUCCUUGCCUCAUUGACUGUGAUUUCAGUGAAAGCUGUCUCAGGCAUGAUCACUCUUUCUGUGACGGGGAAAAUGCAGCUAACUUACGCCAUCUUCUAUGUCAUGCUUGUAAUCAUGAUAGCCUCUUGUGUUUUCCAAGUCAAGUUCCUGAAUCAAGCCACAAAACUCUACACGAUGACCACAGUGGUUCCAGUCAACCAUGCUUUCUUCACAACCAGUGCCAUCAUCGCAGGCAUCAUAUUCUACCAGGAAUUCCUCGGUGCUGCUUUUCUCGCUGUGUUUAUUUACCUUUUUGGGUGCUUUCUGUCAUUCCUUGGAGUAUUUUUGGUGACAAGAAAUAGAGAAAAUGGACACCUACAACAGUCUUUUAUUGAUUUCGGGAAUAUUCCUGGGAAACAAAUGUUGGACAAAAUACAACCAGAUUCAAAUGGCUUAUCCUAUGGAACCUUGCCUGAUGGAAGUGACUCAACACGGAGCCAAAGUGGAGAGAAGAAAGAGGCCUAA